AUGCCAGCGUGCGCUGUGCCACCGGAAGUUGAAGCAAUUCUGCUUUCCAUGGGGUACCCAGAGAUCCGCCGCUGCACGAAGCACAAGGUCAGCUUUCAUGCUACUUACUUCUUGGACUUCGCCGGGCCACUUCCUUCGGGCGCAGAGGGACGCGCGGUCCUUCAAAUGAUUGGAUCCCAGCUGGGGGACAAAGGGCUCUUCCACUUGCAGAAGCCCAUCAGUGCGGAGUCCAUUGUCCGAGCAACUGCGCUGGCCCAGGAUGCUGGCAUCCGCGUGCCGCAGAUCCUGGCCAGUGGAAAGGUGGAGUCCUGGGGGCCGCUUUCCGAUGUUCCUUUCCUCGUCUACGAGUUUGUGAACACAGCCACCGUGGAGGAUGAGCGGGUUGCACCCGGCAAGGAUUUACGGCUGGCCAUAUCCGACGUGCAGGAGAAGCUCAAAUGCCUUAGCCUAACAGGCGUCAACACCGAGCCGUUGCCCCGUUUUGAGGAUUGCUUCGAGUUCACGGCCUACCUGCGCCAACUCGCAGAACAGAUCCAGGCACCGGAUCUGGUUGAAGCUUUGCUGAACAUGGAUCGCAGCCUGCGCACAGCAGGCAUCACGCCAAUACCGCCCACGCUCAUCCACCAGGAUCUGAAUGACGGCAAUGUCCUCUGCUCGCCUGAUAGCAGCGGGCAGUGGAAGUUCGAUGCCCUCAUUGAUUGGGAAGGUGCUGUGGUAGGCGACUCGCGGCUGGCAUAUGAACAUGGAGAGCCCUGGAAUGCCUUGGGCAAGCUUGCAAGAGUUGUCAAGAUCCGAUGGCUCAUGGCUGUCGCGUCGGGCACUCUGCAAGAUGCAGCCCUUCCUCGCUGCUGUGCGGAGGAGUUGGUGGAGGACUACGAAGAGCUUUCUGACUUCUUGGUGCGCAGCGGUUGGCUCAAAUUUGUGCAGCCUCUUCCGCGCCUGAGCUAG